UUGCAGAUUUAUCUAAAUUAUGCUUAGAUAUACAAAAUACGGAUUUUUUUGAACAACAUCUGUGUAAAGAAAAUUGUCAUCUCAAUUCCCUAAUAUCGGGUAAACAAUUCGUUAAAGUGCAAAAGCAAUUUUAUCGUGACUAUAACGCUGCCACAUUUGGAAGACCAUCCUUAAAGAAUUGUGAAACACCAUUGCUGGGCGAUCUGUGUGAAAAGUAUCGCUCGAUUUUAAUACGAACAUCUGCUGAUUUGUCAUCCGCCGUUGACGUCGCUUCAUCCAAGGAUAUUUUAACCGCUGAGGAAAUAGAAAAUCUAAAGAAUAUGGCAUCCGACAAACAAAAGGAAUUUCAACGUUUGCCCACAAAUGUGACACCAUCUCAUUAUGAAUUGGAAUUGAAACCAAAUCUGGAAGCUUUCACUUUUGAGGGAAAGACCAGUGUACAAUUGAAAAUUAAUUCACCAACUAAUGUCAUUACCUUAAAUGCCUUGGAUAUCAGCAUUAGCGAAAGUGGUCUAGAAUUGAAUGGUGAAAUUUUGAAACCGAAAAAAAUCGACUAUUCCACCGAAAAUGAAACUGCUUCGUUACACUUCGAAAGGGAGUUGCCCGCUGGGGCGGAAGUUAAAUUAAAUAUGCAUUUUUCUGGUGAAUUGAAUGACAAAAUGAAGGGCUUCUAUCGCAGCAAAUAUUUUACUCAAGGCGGCGAGGAACGUUACGCUGGCGUAACACAAUUCGAAGCAACCGAUGCCAGACGCUGUUUUCCAUGUUGGGAUGAACCGGCCAUUAAGGCAACAUUUGAUGUCUCACUUGUUGUGCCCGAAGAUCGUGUUGCCCUAUCCAAUAUGCCCGUAGUGAAGGAGGAUUCAGUUGAAGGUGGUUUGCGUCGCAUUAGCUUUGAUCGCACACCCAUCAUGUCCACCUAUUUGGUGGCUGUAGUUGUUGGUGAAUAUGACUAUGUUGAGGGUAAAUCGGAAGAUGGUGUCUUGGUGCGUGUCUAUACCCCGGUUGGCAAAAAGGAACAAGGACUUUUUGCCCUGGAAGUGGCCACAAAGGUCUUGCCAUAUUACAAGGAGUAUUUCAAUAUUGCCUAUCCCCUGCCCAAAAUGGAUCUCAUUGCCAUAUCGGACUUCUCGGCUGGUGCCAUGGAAAAUUGGGGUUUGGUGACAUAUCGUGAAACCUUUGUUUUGGUUGAUCCCAAGAAUACAUCGCUAAUGCGCAAGCAAUCGAUUGCCUUGACAGUGGGUCAUGAAAUUGCCCAUCAAUGGUUUGGAAACCUGGUUACAAUGGAAUGGUGGACCCAUUUGUGGUUAAAUGAAGGUUACGCAUCUUUUGUGGAAUUCCUUUGCGUCAACCAUUUGUUCCCCGAAUAUGACAUUUGGACACAGUUUGUCACUGAUAUGUAUACACGUGCUCUGGAAUUGGACUCGUUGAAAAAUUCCCAUCCCAUUGAGGUGCCUGUGGGACAUCCCUGUGAGAUAGAUGAGAUUUUCGAUGAAAUCAGUUACAACAAAGGUGCAUCGGUUAUUCGCAUGUUACACGAUUAUAUUGGCGAAGCCGAUUUCCGCAAAGGUAUGCACACCUAUUUGAUACGCCAUCAGUAUAAGAAUACAUGCACCGAAGAUCUGUGGGCUGCUUUGCAAGAGGCCAGUUCAAAACCCGUGGCCGAGGUGAUGUCAACUUGGAUAAAACUGAAAGGUUUUCCCGUUGUUAGUGUGGAAGAUAAACAAUUGGAAGGCAAUAAACGUUUGUUGCGCCUAAGCCAAAGUAAAUUUACCGCCGAUGGUUCCAAACCUGAUGGUGAUUACAUCUGGGUGAUACCAAUCACUGUGUCUACCUCAAAAAAUCCCCAAAGCAUUGCCAAAACGUUCCUUCUUAACGAGAAGUCAAUGGAAGUGACAUUGGACGAUGUCAGUCCCGAGGAUUGGAUCAAAGUGAAUCCUGGAACUGUAGGAUACUAUCGUACACGUUACUCCAAAGAUAUGUUGGAAAAGCUAAUGCCAGCCGUUCGCAACAUGGAAUUGCCACCCUUGGAUCGUUUGGGUCUAAUUGAUGAUAUGUUUGCCAUGGUACAAGCUGGUCAGGCUAGUACUGCCGAAGUGUUGGAACUUAUCGAUUCCUAUCGUAAUGAAACAAAUUACACUGUGUGGACUGCCAUUACAAAUUCGCUGUCGAAUUUACACAUUCUUAUUUCACACACGGAUCUUAUGGACCACUUUAACAAAUAUGGAGAAAAAUUGUAUCGUCCAGUGGCUGAGCGUCUUGGUUGGGAGGUACGCGAUGGAGAAAAUCAUUUGGAUACACUUUUGCGCAGUCUUGUGUUGUCUCGUCUUGUAUCUUUCCGUUGCAAGGACAUCAUUGAUGAGGCCAAGAAACGUUUCCGUGAUCAUGCCAACAAUGUUUGCCCAGUGCCCGCCGAUUUACGCUCCACUUGCUACAAAGCCGUUCUUCAAGACGGCGAUGAAUGUAUAUUCAAUGAAAUGCUUGCAUUAUAUCGUGCCACCGAUUUACACGAAGAACAAGAUCGUAUUUCGCGUGCCCUUGGUUGUAUUGGCAAUGUUGAUUUAUUACGCAAAGUGAUCGAUUUUGCCAUGUCGGGUGAAGUUCGUGCCCAGGAUUCAGUUUUUGUCAUUGUUGCCGUAGCUGUUAAUCCCAAAGGUCGUGAUAUGGCCUGGCAAUUCUUUAAGGAUAAUCAUCAAAAACUCUUGGAACAAUAUCAGGGUGGAUUUUUGUUGGCACGUCUGAUUAAAUAUCUCAUUGAGAAUUUUGCUUCAGAACAACGUGCCCUAGAAGUUGAAGAAUUCUUUAAGACCAAACAAUUCCCCGGAACUGAAAGAACGGUUUCACAAGCUGUCGAAACUAUACGCCUUAACGCAGCCUGGUUAGAAAGGGAUCGCGAUUCACUGACUGCUUAUUUGAAGAAACAAUAAAUGUGCAUU